AUGCCUGUACCCACCUCCGCCCCAAGAACACUAUACGACAAAGUAUUCGACGAUCAUGUCGUUCACUCAGGUGAUGGUGAUACCCUCUUAUACAUCGACAGGCAUUUAGUACAUGAAGUCACCUCUCCUCAAGCCUUCGAAGGUUUAAGAAAUGCUGGACGAAAGGUCAGACGACCAGAUUGUACUCUUGUUACCGUUGACCACAAUAUUCCUACCGCCUCUCGAAAAAACUUCAAAGAUGUUACAUCUUUCAUUGUUGAAGCUGAUUCACGAAUGCAAGUAUCAGCUUUAGAGGAUAAUGUAAAAGAGUUUGGUCUUACUUACUUUGGAAUGUCAGACAAGAGACAAGGUAUCGUACAUAUCAUUGGUCCAGAACAAGGUUUCACCCUGCCCGGUACUACCGUCUGUUGUGGUGAUUCCCAUACAUCCACGCAUGGUGCUUUUGGAGCCCUUGCUUUCGGUAUCGGAACAUCCGAAGUCGAACACAUCCUUGCUACUCAAACCCUUCCCCAAGCCAAAUCUAAGAAUAUGCGCGUCACCGUGGAAGGCAAAGUCGCCGAAGGUGUCACAUCGAAAGACAUCGUCCUUCACAUUAUCGGUGUGAUUGGUACUGCUGGUGGUACUGGUUGUGUUAUUGAGUUUGCCGGUUCUGCCAUCCGAGAACUCUCGAUGGAAUCAAGAAUGUCAAUAUGUAACAUGUCAAUCGAAGGUGGUGCUCGAGCUGGUAUGAUCGCUCCUGAUGAGAUCACCUUCAAAUACCUCAAGGGACGACCUCUCAGUCCUCGAGAUGGAGAAGAAUGGGAUAAAGCCGAGGCAUAUUGGAGAUCCCUCAAAUCCGAUGCUGGAGCUAAAUACGAUAUCGAGGUGGAGAUUCGAGCGGAAGAUAUCAUCCCUACCAUCACAUGGGGUACUUCCCCUCAAGACGUUGUUCCCAUCAACGGUGUUGUCCCUAAUCCUCAAGACUUCCCUGAAGCUCAACGACCUAAUGUCAUCCGAUCUCUCGAAUACAUGGGUCUAACAGCCGGUACUCCCAUGGAAGAAGUCAAGAUCGACAAAGCAUUCUUCGGUUCAUGUACCAACGGUCGAAUUGAAGAUAUGCGAUCUGCUGCUAGAGUCAUCAUUGCUUCAGAGAAGAAUGGCGGUCCCACCAAAGUCGCUGAGGGUGUUUACGCUAUGAUCGUACCUGGUUCAGGUCUGGUGAAACAACAAGCUGAAGCUGAAGGCCUGGAUGUCAUUUUCAAGAAGGCUGGAUUCGAUUGGAGGGAAGCUGGUUGUUCAAUGUGUCUCGGUAUGAACCCCGAUCAACUUAAACCUGGAGAGAGAUGUGCUUCUUCUUCCAACCGAAACUUCGAAGGUCGACAAGGUGCUGGUGGACGAACUCAUCUCAUGUCUCCUGCAAUGGUCGCCGCUGCCGCUCUUACCGGUAAAUUCACCGAUGUCCGAAAAUUCAUGGGCACUCAUCUCGGCGAAGAUGGUGGACUCAAGAUCACCGAAUAUUCAGACUAUCUCUCCCCCGUUGACACCCCUGCUCCUCCUGUCAAGCCUACAGAGCAAACAGCAGAAGGUCAAACCCCCGUCAAGCAAGCUGCUGCCGCUUCUGCCGGUCUUCCUAAAUUCAAUGUCGUAAAAGGUAUCGCAGCUCCUAUGUGGGAAGCAAACAUCGACACAGACAAGAUCAUUCCCAAACAAUUCCUAAAGACCCUUCUCCGAACCGGUCUCGGUACAGCUCUUUUCUGGACAAUUCGAUAUGACGUUCGAACCAAUGAGCCCCUUCCAGACUUCGUUUUAAACAAAGACCCAUGGAACAAAUCGUCUCUUCUUGUCUGUACCGGUCCCAACUUCGGAUGCGGCUCUUCGCGAGAACACGCCCCAUGGGCACUCAACGAUUUCGGUAUUCGAUGUAUCAUGGCACCUUCGUUCGGUGAUAUAUUCAAGACCAACUGUUUCAAAAACGGUAUGCUUCCACUUGAACUCCCUCAAGCUGAUCUUGAAGCAUUAUAUGAAGACGCAUCUGCAGGAUUAGAGAUUGCCGUCGAUCUAGAAAACCAACAAGUCGUAAGACCAAAUGGUAAACCACCUAUUCCAUUCACAGUAGAUGCAUUCAGAAGACAUUGUCUCAUAAAUGGUCUUGAUGAUAUUGGAUUAACACUUGAACAUCGACAAAAAAUUGAAAAAUUCGAAGAGAAACGUACUUCAGUUUGGCCUUGGUUAGAUGGUGUAGGUUACGCUAAAAAAGGUCAAAAAGUUAUUGCUGUACCUGUUAGAAAAUCUGUAUCUAAAAAUGAUUGGUAA